CAUCACCUUCUACAUCUUUCACACCAUCUUGUUCAUCCGAAUAAAUAGUCGCUCGUUACACAGUCGCUCGUUACUUAUCACACUCGUGUCAAAACAAAUAUCAAGAUGCAGAUCAAGAAUUUCCUCCCUGUGGUUCUCGCUGCCGUAGCCACUGCUAGCCCGGUAGCCAACCCCAACUACAAGACUUCUACCCCAGAGGCCAAGUACCCAACUACCACCCAGAAGGCUCAUUACCCUACAUCUACCCCGGAACAUCACUACCCUACAACUACCGAGAAGAAGGUUCAGUAUCCGGCCUCCACUCCGGUAGCACAAUAUCCGACAACCACGGAGAAGAAAAUGGAGUACCCGACUUCUAAGCCAAAGCCCCAGUACCCAACGUCCACCAUGGAAACCCACUACAUCACGACCACAGAGAAGAAGGCUCAGUACCCAACCUCUACUCCCGAAACUCACCACUCGACCACAACUCAGAAGCACAAGGAACACAAGGAGAAGCCAACAAAGACCAAGUCUUCUCACAAGCAUGAGAAGACCAAGCAUUCUAAGGAGCAUGCUAAGGAAAAGCAUCAUUCGAAGGAGAGCAAGAGGGGCGAGUAUCCAACCAAGUACCCAGCAAGCACCCCGACAUAUCCUGGAUACCCUGCUGCUAGCUCUCAACCUCAGGGUGGCAAUGACGGUUGGGGUAGCGAGGGUGGCUUAGGUGGCCUCGCAAGAAUCUGCCCUUUAGGUAACACUCCUCUCUGUUGCCAAGUUGACAUCGAUGGCAUCCUCGACCUUACUUGCGGGAGCCCCGCUCGCGACCUCAACUCUAUUGAGGAAUUCGUAGGUUCUUGCGCAGACAAUGGCCUGACGGCUGAGUGCUGCGUCCUGCCUCUGAUUGGUGAUGCUCUGCUCUGCACCGCUGUUUGAGAUGAAAACUUGCAACGAAUCUUACACUUGCAUGGGGGAUGACUUACUGAUGAACGAUUGGUUUGGGGAAUUCAUAGACGUCUACCGGUCGAGCGGCUAUUAAAGCAUCUGGUCCAUUUUGACACCUUCACUUCUGUAACAUUCUUUGGCAUCGGCACUUGGCCGACAUAUUUGGACACUACUGUCUUCUACAUACUUUUAUUCUUAUUAGCUUUUACUAUUCUUUACGAAAUAGAGAUUCAUGGACACUCGA